AUGACCCAAGGAGAUAUUGCCAUUAUUGGCGCAGGCUUAUCAGGUCUUACUUUGGCGCUUGCUCUCCACAAGCAAUCCAUACCAUGCUCAGUCUACGAGUCCCGCUCCGCCUCGCUCGACAUUGGUGGCGCGGUCAUGCUCUCCCCCAACGCCCUACGGAUCCUGGAUUCGCUAGAAGUCUACGAGAAGGUCAAGGCUAAAGGGUUCCACUUCAAGGACCUACACUUCCGCACGGCCGUUCCUUUGGACUCAUACGAAUUUGGAAACGAAGGAAAGUACGGGUAUGAUGGACUCCGUAUCUUCCGGCACGAAUUGAUCGACGUACUAUUGAACGCGACCAAAGAGCGGGGGAUCCAAAUUCAGUACGGCAAGAAGUUCGUCCGAGUCCUCGCUGAGACCGAAACAGAAGUCUCCUGGGGGUUUGAGGACGGCACCACCGGACAGGCAGCAUGCUUGAUUGGAGCAGAUGGUAUCCAUUCCCGAGUCCGCAAAUACCUGUAUCCGGACCUGGAGCCCAAAUUCACCAAUGCUGUUGGUGUUAGUGCUGCUGUGCCAACAGCUCAGUUGAAUCUCCCCGACUCUUUCGACAUCCCGGUAACGAUCAUGAACCCAAAGCAUGGUGCCUUUGUUAUCGCGCCGCAGCUCGCAGAUGGCUCGGAAGCCUUUAUCGGCAAGCAGAAGCGCGCCCCAGAACUAGACCGUGAGGGCUGGGCCGCCCUGCUCGAUGACAAACAGUGGUGUGUCAACUUCCUUCGACAGGGAGCUGAGGACUUCCCCGAGGUUGUGCAAAAUGCAGUUUCGAAGAUUGAGCUUGAUCGAAUCAAUCUUUGGCCUUUCUAUGUUGUUCCCAAAUUGGAGGACUGGACUUCAAAGCACUGCCGUGUGGUUAUUCUUGGCGAUGCCGCACACGCCAUACCACCUACCGCUGGCCAGGGGAUAAACCAGGCAUUCGAAGAUGUUUAUACUUUUGCAGUUAUUUUCCGCAGAUGCAGGGCCCAUGAACUUCAGCUUGGACUGAAGGUUUGGCAGCAAGGUCGCCAGGAACGCAUUGACCGAAUCUUGGAGCUCAAUGCCCAAAUCGAUGCCCGGCGACUUCCUAAGCCUCCUGGACUAGCAGAUUCGGAAAUUUUACCCAGGCCAUUUGAUCUGGAAUGGCUUUAUAGUCCUAACUUUGACGAGAUGGCGGAGAAAUGGCUCGAGCAGGCUGUUGAUAUUUGA